AUGGCUGAUGACUGGGGAUGCAACGUAGAUUUGUUCGAGGAUUCGAGCAAAGCGAGCUCCAAGUCAUUGACGGAACUUGUAGAAAGCUUAACAAAGAAGAACUUGAACGGAAAUCGACAAACUAUUCCGCCAACCCCAACAGAAACGGAAAAUGUGAAGAUUGUCGCCUUCAAACGUAAUGGAGCUUCCAAAAUUCCAAUGGUUCAUGCUCCAAAGAUCCUGAAGAAAAAGAAGGCUAACGGUCAUAACAACAAUAACAACAUGAAGGUUCUCAAUGACGCUAACCCAAAGAGAGUUCAUUUCGAUAUUGAACAGUUUCUGUCACGAGAAGCAAGCAAAGGCGACCGAGUCGAGGCUCGUGAGCGAAUGCUCGCUUCUUUGGGAGCUGCUCCGUCGAAGCGCGACUACGUCAACUACAAGGAUCUGAAGAUCGAUCUUGCACAGAAAAAGGCCGAGGCAAAAGCUCAAGCUGAAAUGAACCACGCCAACAGCCUUUCUAUGUUCAAUAUCAAGAAGAAGAACAAAAAGAAGAAGUAG